AUGCUGUCAGCAUUUGGGAGCCAAGCAGGUCCUCCAACCUGUGGGCAAGGACCGCUUCGCAUCUGCGCAGGGCCCAGGGCCGCGCCCCCUGCCGACCCCCGGCGCCAGGUCACCAGCCCGGAGUUUCCCGGCUUCCUCCGGGCCUCCCUGCGCCUUCCAGCCCCGCGCCCUCUGUCCUUACCGGUGUCGCCCUCUGGCGGCAACGCGGUGCGCUGCGCACUGCAACCUGAGACGGGCCUCGGCCACCGUGGGGAAGUCCUGGUCUUCCGGGAAAGUGGUGCAGCCCGCGAGGCUGCCGGGACAAGUCCCAGGAGGAUGGUUCGCUUCCUUGGUCCCCUGCAGCCGAGCCCGCAGAGAGCUGGCAGGCCCAAACCUUUGAGUGGAGCCUUGCUCUUCAAGACCGAGAGCCUGUGGCAUGAGCGAGGGCCAGAUACCAUCAGCCUCCUGUGCCCAGUGAACUUCGUGGAGCUAGGCCAGGGGGCGACCAGAGAGAGCUGCGGCCCCGAGUCAAGCCCGCCCGGCCCGGACACGGCCCCUCCGGCUCCCCAGUUUCAGGUGGAAGGGCGUGACCAGAGCGGCCUAGCCUCAGCCAAUCACAGCUGGCCUUCCGGGGGAGGGGCGGGGCUUGGCCGCUUCAACGCCGCGGCCGGACCAAUCCCUGCGCAGGAAGGCGCGGCCGCUCCCCGUCUGGCCCAGGUGCGCCCUCGGCUGGGCGAGCGGAUGGAGCUGACUCGGGCGGUGUCAGAAGCUGAGUGUCCCAGGCUCGAGUUCCCGAUGGAGCAGCUUGCUAACCCGACGCCGGAACCCGAGCCGGGCGCCGCGGAGGAGGCACCGCGGCUGGAGAGUCCCCCGCGCAGCCCUUGCUCGCGCGCCGGUCCCGCCGAGGGACCCCCGGGGUCGCCCCCGGGCUGCUGCCGCUGCCGCGAGCUGGGCCCCGACCGGAAGGAGGGCGACGCGCUGCUGCCCCCAGGCGGGGGGAUGGAGCUGCCGCACGCCAUCGCGCUCAUGGGGUUACCUAUGUACCUGCGGUCCCUCCGCUGGGCCCUGGUCAUCAUGGCCCUCCUCCUGGCAGUGUCCACAGUCACCAUUGUGGCCCUGGCCUCUAGAGCAGGCGCCAGGUGCCAGGCGUGCCCCCAGGGCUGGCUGUGGGCUGAGGAACAAUGCUUCUACCUGUCCACCGACGCUCGGGCCUGGGAGGCCAGCCAGGCUUUCUGCUCAGCCCACCGUGCCACCCUGCCCCUGCUGAGCCACACACAGGGCUUCUUGAGCAGGCACCCCAUGGCCCCACGCUUCUGGGUGGGGGCCCAGCGAGGACCCCAAGGCUGGCACUGGACUGACGGGGCGCCACUGCUGCCACAGCUGCUCCCCGAGGAGGAUGAGAAGCGGCCGGAUCUGAACUGCGGGGGCCUGGAGGAAGGCAGGCUGGUGGCUUUAGACUGCGCUGACCCCUGGCCCUGGGUCUGUGCCCGGGCACCAGAGUGA